AUGGAGAAGUACAUGCUAAUUAAGAAAGUUGGUGAGGGAACCUUUGGAAGUGUUUGCAGUGCCAUAAAUAAACAGACGGGAGAAGUUGUUGCUGUAAAGCAGAUGAAGAACAAAAAAUAUCAUUCUUGGGAAGAGUGCAUUAAUUUGAGUGAAGUGAAGUCACUGAUAAAGAUGAGUGGGCAUCCUAAUAUUGUGAAGCUAAGAGAGGUUAUUAGAGAACGUGAUAUCCUGUAUUUGGUGUUCGAAUAUAUGGAGUGUAAUUUGCAUCAACUUAUCCAAAAAAGAGGAAGAAGGGUGUUUUCAGAGGAUGAAGUCAGAAAUUGCUGCUUUCAAGUAUUUCAAGCUCUUGCCUACAUGCACCAGAGUGGGUAUUUUCAUCGCGAUCUUAAACCAGCAAAUCUUCUAGUCUCAAACAAUGUUAUCAAACUAGCCGAUUUCGGAUCUGCAAGAAAAAUUAAUUCAGGGCAACCUUUUACACAAAAUAUCACUACACCCUGGUAUAGGGCUCCUGAAGUUAUGCUAAAGUCUCCUACUUAUACUUCUGCUAUCGAUAUGUGGUGGGCAAUGGGUGCAAUAAUGGCUGAACUGUUUACUCUUCGUCCUCUGUUUCCUGGACUAAAUGGAGCAGACCAGAUGUAUAAGAUAUGCAGCGUGAUUGGAACGCCGACAGAUAACUCAUGGCCCCAUGGUUUAAGGCUUGCUAGGGGUAUGAACUACCAGUUUCCAUACCUUCCUGGCGUGCAUAUGUCAAUUGUCAUGCCCUCAGUAAGUGAUGAUGCAACUAGCCUUAUUAGGUCACUUUGUUCUUGGGACCCUUUCAAGAGGCCAACAGCAGCACAAGUCCUUCAGCAUCCAUUCUUUCAUAAAUGUUACUAUGUCAUCCCACCAUCUCCACGGACUACACCUGCUGCCUACUGUCAACAGAACACCAACACCAAGAAGAACACCGCUGUCAUUGGGAUCCAGGCCGGGAUAUGCUGAUCACAAACUGAAGAAAAAAGAAACUAUUUUAGGGCUGGGGAAAGAGAAAAGGAGCUUCGAUUAGGAGCAAGA